UUUUAAUUUAUGACUAAUAAUAUUUAUUAAUUUAUAUAACAAUCAUAUAUUUAUAUUUAUUUACUGGAUAUAUGUAUGUAUAUAUCUAAUCGCACUGGGAGGAGUGAGGUGUUUGAUGUGAGAGAGGGGAUAAGCGGAUAGAUCGGAGAUGGCGGAGUUUUCCGGGGAUGAAAUUGUGGCGGCGGGGUUGCCGGUGUUUGUUUCCGGCGAUAAUGGCGGCAAUGAGGGGCCGGCGGCGUGGGAGGCUGGUGCUUCGGCGGCUCUGACGCCGCUGACGGUGUCGGCUUCGUUUAAGGAUGGGAAGGCGUCGCGGCGGAGGGCGUCGGUGAGGCCGAGCCUGGACGCGGACGAGUUCAUAAACCUGCUCCAUGGCUCGGAUCCGGUGAAGGUGGAGCUCAAUCGGCUGGAGAAUGAGCUUAGAGAUAAGGAGCGGGAAUUGUCUGAGGCUCAAGCUGAAAUCAAGGCCUUGAGGUUAUCUGAGCGCCAAAGAGAAAAGGCUGUUGAAGAGCUCACUGAUGAAUUGGCAAAGGUUGAUGAGAAGCUCAAGUUGACAGAGUGUCUUCUAGAAAGCAAGAACCUUGAAAUUAAAAAAAUCAAUGAUGAGAAGAAAGCUUCUAUGGCUGCUCAGUUUGCUGCAGAGGCCACUCUUAGGAGGGUUCAUGCUGAUCAAAAAGAUGAUGAUAUGCCUCCAAUUGAAGCAAUUCUUGCUCCUUUGGAGGCUGAACUCAAGAUAGCUCGGCAAGAGAUUGCAAAGCUUCAAGAUGAUAACAAGGCAUUGGAUCGCCUCACAAAGUCAAAGGAGGCUGCUUUACUUGAAGCUGAGAGAACAGUGCAGUCAGCAUUGGCAAAAGCUUCAAUGGUGGAUGAUCUCCAAAACAAGAAUCAAGAAUUGAUGAAACAAAUAGAAAUCUGCCAGGAAGAGAACAAAAUAUUGGAUAAAAUGCAUCGCCAAAAGGUUGCAGAGGUUGAAAAGCUUACCCAAACUGUGCGUGAGCUUGAAGAGGCUGUUCUUGCUGGUGGUGCAGCAGCUAAUGCUGUUCGGGAUUACCAACGCAAAGUUCAAGAGAUGAAUGAAGAGAGAAAAACUCUUGACCGGGAGCUGGCACGUGCGAAGGUUACUGCAAAUAGGGUGGCCACAGUGGUUGCUAAUGAGUGGAAAGAUUCUAGUGACAAAGUAAUGCCUGUAAAACAGUGGCUUGAAGAGAGAAGAUUUUUGCAGGGGGAGAUGCAACAAUUACGAGAUAAGCUAGCAAUUUCUGAACGAACUGCAAAAUCAGAAGCCCAGUUGAAAGAAAAAUAUCAAUUAAGGCUUAGGGUUCUAGAAGAUACAUUGAGGUCAUCUAGCACAAGCGUUCGCAGCACUCCAGAUGCAAGAAGCUCAAGCAAUGGUGCUACACGUCGACAAUCAUUGGGUGGAGCAGAAAAUAUUUCAAGAUUGGCUUCUAAUGGCUUUUUGCCCAAGCGGUCACCAUCCUUUCAAAUGAGGUCUUCUGGGAUCAGUUCUGUCCUGAAGCAUGCAAAAGGGACAUCAAAGUCGUUUGAUGGUGGCUCAAGAUCAUUGGACCGAAGUAAAAACCUUCUUAGUGGAACUGGUCCAAAUUUUAAGCUUACUCAGUCCUGUGAUGGAGCUAAGGAUAGUGGGGCUGAAAAUAAAUGGAAAGAAAAUCAAGAUGAAAAGCCCAAUGACUUGCAAGUAACAGAAACAGAGGAUACUGUCCCAGGAGUAUUACACGAUUUGCUACAAAAGGAGGUGGUUUCCUUGAGAAAAGCAUGUCAUGAAAAGGAUCAAAGUCUAAAAGACAAGGAUGAUGCAAUUGAGAUGCUAGCCAAGAAAGUAGAGACUCUAACAAAGGCAAUGGAAGUUGAGGCUAAAAAAAUGAGAAGGGAGGUUGCUGCAAUGGAAAAGGAGGUUGCUGCGAUACGAGUGGAGAGGGAACAAGAAAAUAGGGCCAAUCGACUUGGAAAUUCAAGGGGUUCUGUCAACAGUUCUCAGAUGAUUCCUGGGAGGAGUGUAGUGGCAAGAAGUAGGGUAACGCGCACCACGCAAUAACAAACAAGGCACUUCCUGCGUACAGCUGUAAGCAGUUCUGCAUAAUUUGGCCUCUGCUAUGGUUUUCUUUACCAUUUUCCUAUUUCACCUCUCCUAUUGUUUAUUGUAUAAUUGUAACAAGCGUUAUGGCAACCUUAAAAUUAGUCAAAAGAAGAAAAAAAAACCAUAGACGAAAUUUGCUUUGCUUCUGACUUAGAUGUGAUCCCUCCGCUAAGAAACCAAACCAGUAGGAAAGAAAACUAAACCUUUCAAAGUUGACCUAACCUUUUGUUAGAAAAAAAUGUGAGUGGCGGUGGUCAUGUGGAUGAUGUAUAGGUAGCUUGUUGGCAUUCAUUUUGCCCAGCUUCUCUUUAGUCAUGUUUGCAGUCUGUAUUUGUAAUCUGCAGCUAGUGUGAUGAUAUGUUAUUGGUUCGGGUUGGUUGUAUCAGUGUUUAUUGUAAUGUGAUAAAAAAAUAUCAAGUUUUUCAGCUACU